AUGGCGCCCUCUGCUACCACUGCUGCUGCUACUGCUACUGCUGUAGCCGCUGCUGUUGUUCCCACUGCAGAGCUGGUAGCCUCAGAUCAUUUUCAGCAAAAGCGGUGGAAUCCCAUCCACUUUACAAAACAAAAUAUACCAGCUUUCCUGAGGACACCAUAUCAGACAGCAGCACCAUCUAAAACCUUUCAGCAAAAGAAAAAGAAAGCUAAAGAAGUAACAUCUGUAGGUGGAACGACAGCCAUUGCUCGAACGCUGAUGAUGCAGGGCUUAUAUUUAUUCUACAGAACACCUGUAAAACUGUUUCGACCCUUACGAGUAGAUUAUUUAAUUAUGGCAAGAGCAUUGAUGCCAAUGGACGAUGCUUCCGCAAAACGAUUCUCAUUCAGAUACACAUCCAUCGGCAUGAUCACACAUGCCGUGAAAACCAAAGGGUGGAACUUUAUACCUCGGCAUAUCCUUCCUCCUUUAAUAGCAAACACCCUCAUUGGAACUGUACUGUAUACCACCUAUAUCGCCACCUUACCUCUCUUUCACCCAACAAGUCAUUUCCAACUGCAUAGACCCUUCCCGCCUCCGCCUUAUUCCUCUGUAUUCAUGGCCGGCUGUCUUGCUGGUGCAGCGCAAUCCAUCAUAGCAACACCCUUAGACUCUCUCAAGGUGCGAUUCGAAGUGAGCGACUUGUUGGAGGGAAAGCACACUUCCAUGUAUCAGUUUGCCAAAUCAACACUGAAAGACUUGGGUAUUGCCAGUGCUUAUCGUGGAUUCACACUGACGUUGAUCAGGGACUCAUUGGCGUGUGGUUUGUUCUUUGCCACAUUUGAGUGGAUGAAGCAGCAAGGAUAUUACUACUUUCUGGAUGAAAUUUAUGGCGUCCAAGUGGAUUCAGAAAAUACAUUGAAUGAGAUUGAGAAAGGAUGGAACGAAGUGCAUAAAAUGAGUGACGAGGACCAGCAUCAGAUUGUCUGCGCGUCUGGGAAAAAGGCAGAAAGACCUCCUUUGAUGCUAGAGCCACUAUUUGUCAUUCUCGCGGGUGCAACAGCUGCUGUGGCCUAUCAAACAAUUGAGCACCCCUUAUCCAAGAUCCACUCAAUAUUUUACAUUGAAGAAGGACAAUCUGAAUUUACAAACAAAUCAAGCCGAGAACCGGUGAAAAAUCUAUACCGUCGCACUUGGGAACAAUGUAAGACUCAAGUGAAAUUGAAUGGAGGAAGUUGGAGAAGGUUUUUGUAUCAAGAAUUUGCAAGCACUGUGAUUAGAGUUGUUCCAGCAACAAGUGUAGGAUUCUUAGUGUUUGAACUAGUAAAACGAGAAGUUGAUUUUAGAAGCAUCGACUUUGAUUCCCUGUAA